AAAAAAAAAUCAUAAAAACCAAAAGCAUAAAAAAAAAAAUCUUAGUAUCUCCACUAAUUGAAAAGAUGUCGGAAAAUGACAUGAGCAAGCUUCUUCCGGGAUUCAGGUUUCACCCGACCGACGAAGAACUAAUCGUUCACUAUCUACGUAAAAAGGUCUUGUCUAAAUCCUCCUAUGUUCCCAUCAUCCCGGAGUUCGAUAUCUGCAAAUGCGACCCCUGGCAAUUACCUGGUUAGAUCCUAUUUUAUAUUAUUUUAGCCGGAAAUCGGGUUCUGGUUAUUGGAAAACGAGUGGAAUGGGCACAACUAUAAAGAAAGGGCGGAGUACCUUGGGCUACAAGAAACCCCUCGCCUUGUACAAAGAUGGGGCCAAAACCGGUUGGCACAUGCACGAGUAUUGCUUGCACAAGCUCCGUCGACAAUAUGAUCCCAGAAAACAAGAAUCUAUGAUGCUGUGGGUUUUGUGCAGGAUUUAUAAGAAGAAGGUUGCAGAGAAGAAUAUGGAUAAAGGAAAGAAUGACAUAGAUUUAGAUCAAACAGAGGAAACAACUCUUUCUACGGAAGAACACGGAGAAGAACGGGAGAUCAUGACGACACUGUCGACUCGGCCUAAAUCACUCGACCAGGAUCCGAUCUCUCACCUUUUAGCCGAUAUUAAUUCAAUUGAUUUCGCUUUACUCGAUUAUGCGAUCGACGAUUUCAUCCUCGAAACUGGAGGGUUCGGCGAAUUUUAUCGUGAAAAUCAUCACCGAGUCGUCAGCGAUCACCAGACUAUGUUUCAACUCCCGUGAAGUAUCUAUCCAUUGUCUAGUAUGAGUGUGAAUGUAUUGGCCCUUAGUAGUAUAUAUUGGAAGUUUUACAUUUAACUUCCAUUAUGUUAAUGUCUAAUAUUUUUUCUAUGUUGUGUUAACUUUAUAAUAAUCA